CCACAGACAGCUACCAUAAAAAUUAAUACCACGCCAGAACCAGCCAAUCUGCCAUGGAAAAUGCCCAAGAGCCACGGCUCCAAGUAGCCAUGGUUCCCACUCCGGGCAUGGGUCACCUGAUCCCACUCGUUGAGUUAGCCAAGCGACUCGUUCACCAUUACAAGUUUGCUGUAACCUUCUUUGUACCCAGUGAUGGCUCCUCUAUGAAACCCCAAAAGCAACUCCUUCAGUCUCUCCCCAACUCCAUUUCCACCAUCUUUCUCCCUCCUGUGAGCUUCGAUAACCUCCCAGAGGAUGUCAAGGUCGAGACAAGGAUCGCUCUGAGUCUCAGGCGCUCCAUCCCAAAUCUAAGAGACUCCUUCAAGGCCUUGACCGAGUCAACUCGGGUGGUGGCCAUGGUGGUUGACUUAUUCGGCAUAGACGCAUUUGAUGUAGCUAGAGAAUUCGGCAUCAAGCCAUACAUUCUCUUCCCAAGCACCGCCAUGGUGUUGUCUCUAAUCUUUCAUAUACCCAAGCUUGAUGAAAUGUUUGCCGACGAGUAUAGGUAUUUGCCUGAACCGGUCAAGUUACCAGGGUGCGUCCCGGUUCAAGGGAUCGAUCUGGCAGACCCGAUUCAAGAUAGGAAGAAUAUAGCCUACCAAGCGGUUCUCAGCAUUUGCAAGGGUCACCCAUUGGCUGCUGGGAUCAUGGUUAAUAGCUUCAUGGACUUGGAACCGGGUGCUUUCAAGGCUUUGAUGGAUCCAACGUCGAAUCUACCACCGAUUUGCCCCGUUGGACCACUGGUACAAACCGGUUCAGUACGCCAAGUUGAAGGGUUUAAUAAUAAUAAUUGUCUGAAGUGGCUGGAUGAACAGCCUAGUGGGUCGGUUCUCUACGUUUGUUUCGGAAGCGGGGGUACUCUUUCUCAGGACCAGGUAAAUGAAUUGGCGAUAGGCCUGGAAACGAGCAGACAAAGGUUUUUGUGGGUCGUAAAAAGCCCACAUGACAAAGCUACAAACGCCACUUACUUCGGCGUGGAAAGUAUUGGAGACCCUUUUGAUUUUUUGCCUAAUGGAUUCCUGGAAAGGACUAAAGGCGUUGGCCUGGUGGUCCCAUCUUGGGCCCCUCAGGCUCAAAUACUGCGCCAUGGCUCGACUGGAGGUUUCGUGACUCACUGCGGCUGGAACUCGAUCUUGGAGAGCAUUGUGCAUGGGGUGCCGUUGAUUGCUUGGCCUCUCUACGCUGAGCAGAGAAUGAAUGCAGUGCUCUUAGCCGAUGAUUUACAGGUGGCAUUGAGGGUUAAAGCGAAAGAAAACGGUGUCGUUGGUCGAGAAGAUAUUGCCGAAUAUGCCAAGGGGCUGAUUGAGGGUGAAGAAGGUAAGUUGCUCAGAAACAGGAUGCAGAAAUUGAAGGAUGCAGCUAAAAAUGUUUUGAGCCCAGAUGGAUCAUCCACAAAAUCACUGGCCAAAAUGGUAGAAAUCUGGAAGAACCAAUAAAAAAAACUGACUAUGUUGAAAAUUGGUAAUUAAUAAUGGUACGCGCGUGUUGUAACUUGGAAGCCUUUUAUCUUUGUUGUUCUCAAGAGUUCAUUCCAAUAAUUAAGAAUUUGAAUU